AUGGAAUCAGGGAACAGCACAAGAAGAUUUUCAAGUUUUUUUCUUCUAGGAUUUACAGAAAACCCACAACUUCACUUCCUCAUUUUUGCACUGUUCCUGUCCAUGUACUUGGUAACAGUGCUUGGGAACCUGCUUAUCAUCAUGGCCAUCAUCACACAGUCUCAUUUGCAUACACCCAUGUACUUCUUCCUUGCUAACCUAUCUUUUGUGGACAUCUGUUUCACCUCCACCACCAUCCCAAAGAUGUUGGUAAAUAUAUACACCCAGAGCAAGAGCAUCACCUAUGAAGACUGUAUUAGCCAGAUGUGUGUCUUCUUGGUUUUCCCAGAAUUGGACAACUUUCUCCUGGCUGUGAUGGCCUAUGACCGAUAUGUGGCUAUCUGUCACCCACUGUGUUACACAGUCAUUGUGAACCACCGUCUCUGUAUCCUGCUGCUUCUGCUGUCCUGGGUUGUCAGCAUUUUCCAUGCCAUCAUACAGAGCUUAAUUGUGCUACAGUUGACCUUCUGUGGAGAUGUGAAAAUCCCUCACUUCUUCUGUGAACUUAAUCAGCUGUCCCAACUCACCUGUUCAGACAACUUUCCAAGUCACCUCAUAAUGAAUCUUGUACCUGUUAUGUUGGCAGCCAUUUCCUUCAGUGGCAUCCUUUACUCUUAUUUCAAGAUAGUAUCCUCCAUACAUUCUAUCUCCACAGUUCAGGGGAAGUACAAGGCAUUUUCUACAUGUGCCUCUCACCUUUCCAUUGUCUCCUUAUUUUAUAGUACAGGCCUCGGAGUGUACGUCAGUUCUGCUGUGGUCCAAAGCUCAAAUUCUGCUGCAAGUGCUUCGGUCAUGUAUACUAUGGUCACUCCCAUGCUGAACCCCUUCAUUUAUAGUCUAAGGAAUAAAGAUGUGAAGAGAGCUCUGGAAAGACUGUUAGAAGGAAACUGUAAAGUGUAUCAUUGGACUGGAUGA